AUGACUGUCACCCAUUCUGGCCCAAAUGGCACUGCGCCGCCUAAUUCAUCCGGUAUCAAGGUAAUAAUCGUGGGGUUGGGUCUUGCCGGAUUGACCGCUGCGAUUGAAUGUUACCGCAAAGGUCACAGUGUUAUCGGUUUGGAGAAAACCCCGAAACCAACACAUCUGGGUGAUAUCUUCAGCAUCUCUAGCAACGGGGCCAUCGUAAUCCAGAAGUGGGACGGCGGAUCCGUUUCUACGUACCUCGACUCUGUCCGUUGCGACGUUGAUAAAAUUACUGUCUGGGAUGAAGCAGCCAAUGUCAAGCUUCGAAAGGAUAUGAACGGUUAUAGAGAAGGCGAAGGUCUGGUACUGAACCGGUCAACGACAGUUUGCACUCUGUACGAGUACGGAAAAAGUUUGGGCAUCGAUCUUCGAUUCGGAGUAUCAGUAUCUAGUUACUGGGAAGACGAUCACCAGGCGGGCGUCAUAGCAGAUGGCGAACGGCUCUCGGCAGAUUGUGUCAUUGCCAGUGAUGGCAUUCACAGCAAAGCGCGUCCGAUUAUCACCAGGGACACUAGACCACUCACCAAGAGUGGCGCUGCCACAUAUCGCGCGGGCUAUCCUGCUGAGGUUUUGAACGAUCAUCCAGAUGCGCAGUGGAUUCUAGAAGGCACAGAGAAGGCCGAUCAGUUGAACCACUUCAUUGGUAAGGAUAUUGCAGUCAUCAUGGGCACUGGCAGACACGGCAAAGACGUGUAUUGGGGCUGUUUGCAUCGUAGCUCUGACGGUGUGUCUAAAUCAUGGCUCCAGCCAUCUGAUGUGACGAAGGCGUUGGCCUUGAUUGAAAAUUGGCCCGCAAGAGACAAAGUCGCGGCAGUGAUCAAAAACACACCGAAUAUGACGUGCUAUGAUCAUCUGGUCAUGGCGGUUGAUCCUCUAUCUGGAUGGGUGUCAGAAAAGGGUCGAAUGAUGGUCAUCGGGGACGCCGCACAUGCUUUCAUUCCCACCUCGGGUCAGGGUGCCAGUCAGAGUAUUGAAGACGGUGCGGUGGUCGCCAUAUGUCUAGAAUUAGCCGGCAAGGAUCGAAUUCCACUCGCUCUUUCGGUGAUGGAAAAGCUAAGAUACCAACGGAUCAGCUUCAUCGGGGAGGGAAGUGCGAAAAUGUUAGAGUCUCUACAUGGGGCAAACUGGGAUGCCAAACAGCAGGACAAACUACCUACGCUAAUAGCCCGUGCAAUGUGGAUCUUUGAUCACGACUGCCAGACAUCCACAUACGAAGAGUUUAACAAGGCCGCCGACGCUGUGGCCACGAAUAGCACGUAUGUGCCGGCCAAUAUUCCAAGCGAUGGCCGAUACGGAAUCGUGGAGGAGGAAGGCAAGUCCACUGUGAAAGUACCUCCUGUAACCCGCGGCCCUCUACCUGUACAGUAG